GCGCGCCUGCCUGUGGGCGGCGGAGGAGGCGGCGGCGGCGGCUGCAGGAGGCCGCGCGGGAGCGAGCCCAACGAGUAGCCGGGGAAGGGGCGUCCGGGCGGGCAGGCAGCCUCCUCCUCCUCCUCCUCCUUUCUUCUUCUUCCUCUUUCGCUCUCCCUCCGUCCCCCCUCCCCCGGACUCCGGCUUGGGGGGCGCAGCUGAGGGGGGGCCCGCCUGCACAAGAUCAUGCCGGACCAGAUUACUGUAUCGGAGUUUAUUUCCGAGACCACAGAGGAUUACAACUCUCCAACAACGUCCAGCUUUACUACCCGGCUGCAGAACUGCAGGAAUACAGUCACGCUGCUAGAAGAGGCAUUAGAUCAGGACAGAACAGCACUGCAGAAAGUGAAAAAAUCUGUAAAAGCGAUAUAUAAUUCUGGGCAAGAACAUGUUCAAAAUGAAGAGAACUAUGCACAAGUACUAGAUAAAUUUGGAAGUAAUUUCUUAAGUAGGGAUAAUCCAGAUCUGGGAACAGCUUUUGUAAAAUUUUCCACUCUAACUAAAGAAUUAUCAACGCUGCUGAAAAAUCUGCUCCAAGGUUUGAGCCACAAUGUCAUCUUCACAUUAGAUUCCCUUUUAAAGGGAGAUUUGAAAGGGGUAAAAGGGGACCUUAAAAAACCUUUUGACAAAGCCUGGAAGGAUUAUGAGACCAAAUUUACGAAAAUUGAAAAGGAAAAAAGAGAACAUGCAAAACAGCAUGGGAUGAUACGAACAGAGAUUACAGGGGCAGAGAUUGCCGAAGAAAUGGAAAAGGAAAGGCGACUGUUUCAGCUUCAGAUGUGUGAAUAUCUCAUUAAGGUUAAUGAAAUUAAAACAAAAAAAGGUGUCGACCUUCUACAGAACCUUAUUAAAUAUUAUCAUGCACAGUGCAAUUUCUUCCAAGAUGGCUUGAAAACAGCGGAUAAACUGAAACAGUAUAUUGAAAAGCUGGCUGCUGAUUUAUAUAAUAUCAAGCAGACACAAGAUGAAGAAAAGAAACAGCUCACUGCACUCAGAGACUUGAUCAAAUCCUCACUACAGCUUGAUCAGAAGGAGUCUAGGAGAGAUUCCCAGAGCAGGCAAGGAGGCUACAGCAUGCACCAGCUUCAGGGAAAUAAGGAAUAUGGCAGUGAGAAGAAAGGUUAUCUUUUAAAGAAGAGUGAUGGGCUAAGGAAAGUUUGGCAAAGAAGAAAAUGCACUGUCAAAAAUGGCAUUCUGACAAUAUCACAUGCAACUCCCCAGGAAGUAUUGGAGAAAAAAAGAUUUGUAAAAAUGCCUCAGUCAAACAGGCAGCCUGCUAAACUGAAUCUACUAACUUGCCAGGUGAAACCGAAUGCCGAAGACAAGAAAUCGUUUGACCUGAUAUCACAUAACAGAACGUACCACUUUCAAGCAGAGGAUGAGCAAGACUACAUAGCGUGGAUAUCCGUACUGACCAACAGCAAAGAAGAAGCUUUAAAUAUGGCAUUCCGUGGAGAGCGAAGUGCAGGUGAAAAUAGUUUAGAAGAUCUUACAAAGGCCAUUAUUGAUGACAUACAGAGAUUACCCGGAAAUGAUGUCUGCUGUGACUGUGGAUCAUCAGAUCCAACGUGGCUUUCAACUAACCUGGGCAUUUUAACCUGUAUAGAGUGUUCUGGAAUACACAGAGAAAUGGGUGUUCAUAUUUCCCGAAUCCAGUCUUUAGAGCUAGACAAAUUAGGAACGUCUGAACUCUUGCUGGCCAAGAAUAUAGGAAACAAUAGUUUUAACGAAAUUAUGGAGGGGAAUUUACCAAGUCCUUCUCCAAAACCCACGCCAUCAAGUGAUAUGACUGCACGUAAAGAAUUUAUUACCGCUAAAUAUGUAGAUCACAAGUUCUCCAGAAAGACUUGUGCUUCUGCAGCAGCUAAAUUGAAUGAACUACUUGAGGCUAUCAAAUCCAGGGAUUUACUUGCACUAAUACAAGUCUAUGCAGAAGGAGUCGAGCUCAUGGAACCACUGCUGGAACCUGGACAGGAGCCAGGCGAAACUGCCCUUCAUGUAGCAGUCCGGUCAGCUGACCAGACCUCACUCCAUCUGGUUGACUUUCUUGUACAAAACUGUGGUAACCUGGAUAAACAGACAGCAUUGGGAAACACAGUUCUGCACUACUGCAGUAUAUAUAACAAGCCUGAAUGUUUGAAACUGCUUUUGAAGGGCAAGCCAACUAUUGAUAUAGUGAACCAAACUGGAGAGACACCUGUGGACAUGGCGAAGAGAUUGAAAGCUACUCAGUGUGAAGAUUUGCUUUCUCAGGCCAAAGCCGGAAAGCUAAACCCACACGUACAUGUAGAGUAUGAGUGGAAUCUUCGGCAGGAAGAAAUUGAUGAAAGUGAUGAUGACUUGGAUGACAAGCCUAGUCCGAUAAAGAAGGAACGCUCUCCGAGGCCCCAGAGCUUUUGCCACUCUUCUAGUAUUUCUCCCCAAGACAAAAUGUCUCUUCCUGGUCUCAGCACUCCGAGAGAUAAACAAAGACUCUCCUAUGGAGCCUUUCCCAAUCAGAUUUUUGUCUCUGCAAGCAUGGACUCGGCAAUUUCCCCAACAGCAGCAGAUGCCCCUCCACUGCCUCCCCGAAACGCUGGCAAAGGUCCAUCUGGCCCACCUUCAACCCUCCCUUUAGGCACUCAAACCACUAGCGGCAGCUCCACCCUGUCCAAGAAGAGGCCCCCUCCCCCACCCCCUGGACACAAAAGAACCCUCUCUGACCCACCAAGCCCACUACCUCACGGACCCCAGAAUAAGGGCCAAAUUCCUUGGGGUAAUGAUUUGGGGCCACCAGCCACUAAAGCUGCAAACAAGUUUGAGGGCAUAUCUCAACAGUCAGGGAUCAGUACUGCCAAGACUGCACUGGGCCCAAGAGUUCUUCCUAAACUACCUCAAAAAGUGGCACUAAGAAAAAUAGAAACCAUCCAUCUUCCUUCAGUCGACAAGCCCACUCAUUUGGAGAUCUUCCAGAAGUCAGCGUCGCUUUCUUUCGAUCUGCCACAGAAACCCCAGCCGGGGGAUUUGCCCCCAAAGCCACAGCCUCUGGACCUCCCCCAGAAACCUCAGAUUGGAGAUCUGCCCCCCAAGCCAGGAGAACUGCCCCCCAAGCCUCAGCUAGGAGAUCUGCCACCAAAACCACAGUUAGCAGACUUACCUCCCAAGCCGCAAGUGAAGGACCUUCCUCCCAAGCCUCAGCUGGGAGAUGCUUUGGCUAAGAUCCAAGAUGGAGAAUUGUCGCCAAAGCCUCAGCCCUUGGAGGUAAAUCAAAAAUCUCAUUCUGUGGAUCUCUCUCCAAAGGUGCACUCUAGAGAGACUAUCCAAAGGCAAGCGUCAGAAGACUCCAAUGAUGUAACGCAUGCAUUGCCAGAGACCCCUGUGCCUCUCCCUAGAAAGAUCAACACGGGGAAGAACAAAGUUAGGAGAGUGAAGACAAUCUACGAUUGCCAAGCAGACAAUGACGACGAGCUGACCUUCGUCGAAGGAGAAAUUAUAAUUGUGACCGGUGAAGAGGACCAAGAGUGGUGGAUUGGCCACAUUGAAGGACAACCGGAGAGAAAAGGAGUCUUCCCGGUGUCGUUUGUCCACAUUUUGUCUGAUUAAGUCGGACUGGAAGCCCGCGUGUUGCACCUCCUUCCUGUUAAGACAGACUUUUAGCAUGAAGCAAACAGCUGCUGCCUCCCUGUAAUUCUGUGCAAAAUUGUGGAUAUAUCUGUAUAUAUAUAUAACGGCUGUUACAGAACGAGAACUCGUUUACAGCCUGCCCUGCGAGGCGGCUUCCCCUUGUCUUGUAAAUAGACGGUGUUACUCUGCCUUUGCCAGUAUUAGGGUCGCCUGGGGACCUUCUUGGGUUUGCUCAAGCCAUCCCUGGCAUCAAGCACUUACAUCUCCGUGUCUGUCUGGAUGGAUGGAUGGACUGCCAGCUCUGUAGAUGUGGUUGGUCUCAUUCAGUUCUAUUUAACUGUACAGAAAUCACCAUUCCGAGUAAACCAGUAUUGUUAAGAAAUAGGCAACUAGCGGAGAAUUUAGAUGCAGCGUCCAGACUGAGCUGCUUUGGCUCAUUUACUGCCCAGUUUACAGCUACAAAUGUACCCAGUUACAACUUGUGAAAUCCACUUCCUUGGUAUUUGUUCAAAGUGUUCAAUGUACGCAUCCAGCAAAAGAAAUAUUCACUGACGCUACAGAUAAACCAGUAGUAUAUUACGGUGUGUGAACACCAUUUCAUGUUUGUAUUAUAUAGUUGCAGUUUCUCCCUAUGAUAUACACCUCACUUAACAGCAUCUGUAGUAGUUUUAAUUCAAACAAAGUAAAUAAAAGAACUUCUGUGUAUUGAAGGAAAGCAUGAGAAGCUUUUGGCUGGAGAUUUCCUCUUGCUGAACCAGGGAUAUGCAAGAAAAGUGUCUGUUUAUGGAUUCCUAUCCUUCCUUGCAGCCUGCGUUCAAUCAGAAAUGUUAUGCUAGCCCAUAACAUUCAGCAAGACAACUUUGGGAGGGUUGGUUGCUACCUAGAUUGAAAGACAAGCCAUUGAAUUUGUUUCUAACUAAUUGGCUCCCCAAGACAAUAAUUUUGCUGCGGGGGAUUUAAGAGGGGUGUUUUUUCCCACCCUUUCCCAAUAGCCUUUGACUUGGCUGGAGGCUAUUAAGUUGUGAUGUUCCUUUAGUGUAAUAGUCUGGGGAAAUGGAAACAGAUAAAUGGUUUUGGAAAUGAAAGUGAAAUACAACCUUUCCUGCAAACUGUCAGCGGCUAAUUAGAGCAACCAGAGAGCAGCAGGUCACUGGGGAGUUACAUUUUUCUUUACUGAAUCCUAAUUAGGGUUCAGGCCUGAACUCUAAGCAUCCUCCAACAAUCAUGGAACCACAACGCUGAUAAUUUUGGAAGGCUGCAUCUUGACCCGCGGGAGCUUCAUGGUUAUAAGACUGUAUUAUUUGCAGCUUCGGCCCUUUCUUUAUCCUAAUCAAGACUAUUAAUGUGUUCAGGGCGUGUUCAUUUCUGGUAGGCUGUUGUCACUUGCCUAUUGUUGUUCAGCCUGAUCUUUGAUCAUGACCCAAUCCGAAUGUUGCCUUUUGGCUUACGAUCAACGGAGCGGCUUGUUGUACAAUUCCACACAUCGCACCAGGUUCCCCCUGGUGUGUAAUAUUGCUUAAAGGCAACAUUGUUUUGGCAACAGUACCCAUUCCUCUCUCUUUAAAAAAAACAAAAAAACUUUUGAAACCGAUUCCGUCUGUAAUUCCACGUCAAAGUGUUUCCUGUCACCAAAGCCCCAAUUCCGACCAAUCUCUCUCGAGGCUUCCGCUUUUGACGUUUUUUUACGAUCCUGUACUCAGUGAAUAUUUAUUUUUUUAUUUUAAACGGUUACCAUGCGAAACAUAGUCAAUUUAAGAAAUCGUGCAUGAAGAAAUAGCAAAAUAUUUAUCGGCUAUUAUUGGAAAGUGGUUUUGUUUUUUAAAAAAGAAAACAAUAGCUUGCUGCAUCUCACGACCUGUUUUGUUGAAAGCGAUAAGCUUACAGAGGGCUGACUCCGCCUCUGCAGUGUUACCCGUGUCAGUGUUUUCAGACUCGCACUGUUUAUACGAAGCCAGAACUCAGCCGACUAAGCAUUCCCUGUCGGUCAUCCAUGCCGUGUGCCUCAAGACGCAUUAAAAGGACAAAAACGGAUCCACCUUUUUUUUUGUCAAGUAUAUUUUACAGCAGAUUUCAAAACCCGCCGGUUUUAAAAAACAACACGAGAAAAAGGCAAACCAUAUAAAGAAGACUGAGAUGUGUAAAAUGAUGUAGAGUCAAAUGUCUAUUAUUUUGUAUGCUUUUUGAAGUAGUAUAAUAUGACUUUUUUCUAAAUGAUAAUAAUAAUAAUAAUAAAAGAACAAGACUAUUCUGGGUGAUUUGAGAGUCCAUAGAAGAACUGAAAAUGCAAUGUAUGAUAUAUAGGUUGAGUUUUAAGUACGCUCUUGUGCUUGAACUCAAAAGAGCCACUAUCUGCAAUUUUGUACAUGGCGUAUUUGGGAAGUAUUUUUUAUUUGUUCGUUGGUUCUUUUUUUUUCCUCCCCCCUCCCAGCGGACGAGGGAAGUUAUGUUCUGCAAAUCGUACGUCGAACUGUUGAACAGCAAUGGCUAUUUAUUUUUAUGACAUAGCGCAUCCAGAUGUAUAAAAAAAGCAGAUCCAGCAGCCCCACUAGUUAGAAAUUGAAAUCUCAUUUGAAUGUUAAUCUCAUGAUUGCGCCCCCCGCCCCCCGUACACUUGUCUCCUCACAUGUGUUUAAUGUGAUGGUUUGAGUACUGUAUGUGUUAAUUUCUACUUUUUUAAUAUUUAAAAUUGCUUUUAAAUAAAUGUAUUCAGUUGAUCCCAAA